AUACAUACACCUACACCUGUGUCCGGAGGAUCCUGCCUGGGAUCCUCCUGUGUGUCCUGAAGAUCCUGCAUAGCUAUACAUACACCUACACCUGUGUCCGGAGGAUCCUGCCUGGGAUCCUCCUGUGUGUCCGGAGGGUCCUGCAUAGCUAUACAUACACCUGUGUCCAGAGGAUCCUGCAUAGCUAUACAUACACCUGUGUCCGGAGGAUCCUGCCUGGGAUCCUCCAGUGUCUGGAGGAUCCUGCUUGGGAUCCUCAUGUGUUUGUAUGUAUAUAAUUAUAUGCACCUGUGUCCGGAGGAUCCUGCUUGGGAUCCUCCUGUGUGUCCGGAGGAUCCUGCAUGGGAAGGACAUACACCCUCCAUGGACUGUAGAGGAGUCCUCGUUUGAGAAGAUGGGGGCUUUGAUGUCGAACAACAGCGGGAGACUCCUAUAGGGCUAUACGACGAGCUGAGUUCAUUCCUGACACAAAUCAAUUUGUAUGGCAGUAAGGGGAUCAGCGACUCGCAUGACACGUCCACAUUUCUCAUGCUAUAUAAUGGACAUCCUUGGACCCGCCGCACAGUCACUGGCAAUGCAAACUUCCAAAUGGAUUGCACAGCACUCAGCAUAGGAGGCUUCACUCAACCAGGAGUCGCCCGAAACAUCAUAGAGCAACGUUGUGGGGCAGAACGUGGAUUUAGUCAACGGUUCCUCUGGAUAUUUCCUCAACAAAAUAAUAUUUGCAAAGUUUGACAGCCUCAAACCAGUCCCGGAUGAUGUAUCUGAGGCACUUGUUGAGUUAUUCCAAGAAAUUUGGACUGGAGGUGGUGGAGAAAAACCAAAGUUGCGUGACUGAUAGUUUAUCAGACAAGGCUGUUGCGGCGGCUGUAAAUUUUGUGGAGUUGUGCAAUGAGCACAUUGCUAUCAUGGGUGGUAGAGCAAAUGUGACUGAUCCACUUUCACGUAAGUACAUUUUAUCUCUGUGUGUGUGUCUAUUUCAUGCCCCCUCUCUUACUUUUGCAGAAUGCUCCUCUCCAAGUGGGAAGAAAAGUAAGGAUGAUCUUGCAACGUACUGUCUGAAGCUGCCGGGUAGCCACCUAAACUUAUCAGUCUUGCUGGAUAAGAAGAAGUUCCACUUUCACGAUAACAAAGCCGGGGCACUUCUCGGCAUGAAGGCACUUCAUGCAGAUAGCCUUGGAACACUAGAACAAUGUGGUGGUCGUGGAGUCAACAAGCUCUACAACUUCAGAAAGAGGCCACUUUCAGCAGAUGAUGAUGAAGAGGGAAUGUCUGAGUUUACCCGUAAGCUGGCCAAAUACAAUGUCUCUAUCCCGGAUUAUUCAGGUGCUAUCCAGGACAUUGAUGUGCCAUGGCAAGUAAACAUCAGGACAUCCCCGAGGAAAACUCAAUAGAACAGUCAAACUACGUAUCUGUAUUUCAAUCAUGUACAUAUAUACCAAUGCUGCAGCAUGUCCUGAUAAAAAAUCAUUACUCAGUAUAUAAUCAUUAUGCAGCAUGUUGGGGUCCUGGGACAGUCCCAGGACUCCCACUCGGGAUCCUCCGGACACAGUGUACAUGCAUGCGUGUGGGAGUCCUGGGAAUGUCUCGGGACUCCCACACGGGGAUCCUCCGGACGCAGUGUGCAUGCGUGCUUGCGGGAGUCCCGGGACUGUCCCGGGACUCCCACACGGGGAUCCUCCGGACGCAGUGUACGUGUGUGCGUGCGGGAGUCCUGGGACUGUCCCGGGACUCCCACAUGGGGAUCCUCCGGACGCAGUGUACGUGUGUGCGUGCGUCCCGGGACUCCCACACGGGGAUCCUCCGGACGCAGUGUACGUGCGUGCGUGCGGGAGUCCUGGUACUGUCCCGGGACUCCCACACGGGGAUCCUCCGGACGCAGUGUACGUGCGUGCGUGCGGGAGUCCUGGGACUGUCUCGGGACUCCCACACGGGGAUCCUCCGGACGCAGUGUACAUGCAUGCGUGUGGGAGUCCUGAGAAUGUCUCGGGACUCCCACACGGGGAUCCUCCGGACGCAGUGUGCAUGCGUGCUUGCGGGAGUCCUGGGACUGUCUCGGGACUCCCACACGGGGAUCCUCCGGACGCAGUGUACGUGUGUGCGGGAGUCCUGGGACUGUCCCGGGACUCCCACACGGGGAUCCUCCGGACGCAGUGUAUGUGCGUGCGUGCGUGCGGGAGUCCUGGGACUGUUUGGGGUGCAUGGGAUCCUCAGGACUAAACAACUAACGAUGGGGCAUCCCGGUACUAUCAAGUAUAUGUGUCCCCCACUAUAUACAGCAUGGUGAGACUGUCCUAGGAUGUCCUAUAUAGUAGGACAUCCCAGGUAGUGUCCCCCCAGGCGUAGGCAACACUGGACAUC